GUGGUAGAGCAAGUGGCUGGUGGGGUUUUUGACAAUUCGUCAAUGACAGAAAUUUUUCUUUUGCCAUAAUUUCUUUAAUUUUCAAUGAAAAAUGGCAAAUAACGUGUCCUCCACCUUGUUUAUUUGAUUACUUUUUACAACUCUAUCUUACUUUUUGCUAGAAAUGUGUUUCUAACACGUGUUGGACGUAACCUCAUCAUGGCUUCAGCAAUCCCAUUUGCAGCUCGCAGUUCGAGUGGCAUCACGUUGAACGUGGGCCCACCUGUCUUCACCGACUUGGGGCAAUAUGGCCCCGUUCAGAGCAAGACUUGCAAGACCAUGUUGUUUAGCCCUGACGGGCAAUAUUUUGCUUUCGUGGACGGGUCUAACCUGAAAAUUGUGCGUACGGAGGAUUGGAACGAAGUUGCAACAAUUCAAGGUACAAAAGCCUGUUACUUAUCAUUUUCCCCCAAAAGUACAUAUUUGAUGAGUUGGGAACAGUUUUACGUCACUAAAGACGACCCACAAGGAAAGCCAAACUUAAACAUUUACAAAAGCGAGACUGGUGAACUUGUCAAAAGUUUUGUUCACAAGAAGCAAGGCAAUUGGGAGCCUCAGUGGAGCGCUGAUGAGAAGUUAUUUAGCAGAAUUUCAAACACCGACGUUGUGUUUUACGAGGAUCUCAACUUUGAGAAAAUUGUGGCGCGAAUAAAUUGCCACAAAAUCGCGGCGUUCAGUUUAUCUCCAAACGUUGGGACGUAUUUCAUUCUUUGCCACGUGCCUGGAGCCUCAGGUCAGCCGUCAUUUGGAAAACUGUUUAAAUAUCCAAACUUUGACGCAAUGCAAUCAAUCGCUAGCAAAAGCUUCUUCCAAGCUGAUAAAGUCGAAUUUUACUGGAAUUCUAAAGGCAACAACGCCCUCCUUUUAACAACGACAGAAGUGGACAAAACCGGCGGUUCCUACUAUGGCAAGCAAGGCCUCCAUUUUAUGGGCUUGAACGGGCAAACAGCCAUGGUUACAAUGAGCAAGGAAGGGCCAAUUUACAGCGUGGCUUGGUCGCCAAAAAAUCACGAAUUUUGUGUCGUUUACGGCUUUGUACCAGCCAAAGCCACAAUUUUUAAUUUGAAGUGUGAACCGGUUUUCGAAUUUGGCACCGGGCCAAGGAACGCACUCUACUAUAAUCCCCAGGGAAAUCUUGUGCUUUUGGGCGGUUUUGGGAAUUUGAGGGGACAUGUGGAGGUGUGGGACGUGGCGGCGAGGAAACUGAUAGGAAAUUGUGAGGCGCCGGACUCGACGCUUUUGGAGUGGUCUCCGGACGGCAUCCACUUCCUGACGGCGACAACGUCCCCCAGACUGCGAAUUGGAAAUGGGUAUAAAAUAUGGCACUAUUCGGGGGCGCUUUUGCACGAAAAAAAUUCAGGUCCCCAGGAAGAGUUGUAUGAAGUGUGUUGGAAGAAAUUUCCCAAAUACGCGUUCAAAGACCCGGUUAUAACGUCGGAAAAAAUUGAGGGUAUAGCCCCCAGCCAGCCGGUGGCUUCGAAACAGGCCUAUCGGCCCCCUUCUGCGCGCAACCGUCCAACAAUACGUUUCAACUUAGACGAUGAUGAGGAACAAUCCCACAAGCCGGGGGCAGACUCUCAGUCAAAAGCGUCUCUAAAGCAGAAGAAGAAGCGCGAAGCGAAAAAAGCCAAGAAACUUGAAGCUGGAGAAGACAAUAAGGAAGUUUCAGCGCCUGUUGUUAGUAGCGUCCAAAUUAAUUUGACAGGGGAUCCCGAGAAGGAUAAAAAACUUAAAAAUAUAAAAAAGAAAUUGGAUGCUAUUGAGAAGUUGAAGGAACAACAAGCUCAAGGAAAGCCCUUGGAAAUCAAUCAAUUGUCGAAAAUUAAGGGCGAGGCGGACUUGUUGAAGGAAUUGGAACAACUGCAAAUUUAAUCAAAUGCUGUGAAAUUUUACUAUCCAUAUAACCGGCAUUUGACACUAUUGUUUUCAAUAAAAAGACUAAAAAUCGA